CGAAUUUGUGGUGAGUCAGUUUGCCACGCGGCCCGGCGUGUGGGCGCACAGCACUGAGACCCGCGCGUGGGGCUGGCCGGGCAGCGCAGGUCUGCACGCAGGAGGCCACGGUGCCGUCACCGGGAAGAGAGAUCUGGAGAGGUCAGAACCUGAAGUUCGGGAGCCUGAGGCCACUGGGUGGCUGCUCUCCUUGGUGGACCGAGAAAACGAGUCUCGCCGGUGGCCUGGGAGCGUGGAGCAUCACCGGGGGGUGUGACUGAACCGUCCUCAGUGGGUCCCGGCAUGGCCUCAGGCUCACCUGCCUCCUGCUAGCUCCGCCGACGGGCCGCGGGUCGAAGUCCUUGCCCUUCUUGUCAGGCCCAGCCCUGCCUGGAUCACCGCCCAGCAGCACAAUGACCACACUCACUCUGCCUUUGCUCGUUCCUCAGGAACCGGGGCCGUACUACUACCAGUAUGGGGACGAGGGCAACAGCUCCGACUACCUGUCUCCGAGUCAGAGUGACAACCUGCUCUGCUCCCUGGAGGAGGUCAGGCAGUUCUCCAGGCUGUUCGUGCCUGUCGCUUACUCCUUGAUCUGUGUGUUCGGCCUCCUGGGCAACGUCCUGGUGGUGGUCACCUUUGCGUUCUACAAGAAGGCCAAGUCCAUGACCGACGUGUACCUCUUGAACAUGGCCGUCGCAGACAUCCUCUCUGUCCUCACUCUGCCGUUCUUGGCAGCCACUCAGGCCGCCGAACAGUGGCUGUUCAGCAACGCCAUGUGCAAGCUGGUGAGAGGCAUCCACACCAUCAACUUCUACUGCGGGAUGCUGCUGCUGGCCUGCAUCAGCCUGGACCGCUACAUCGCCAUCGUCCAGGCCACCAAGUCCUUCCGCCUGCGGUCCCGGACGCUGGCGCACCACCGUGGGAUCUGCCUGACCGUGUGGGCCGUGUCGGUCCUCAUCUCCGUCUCGACCUUCAUCUUCUACCAGAAGUACCGCGUGCAGAACCACGUGCCGGGCGGCCCCGUGCAGGAGAGCCACGUCUGUGAGCCCCGGUUCGCCGGCCUCUCCGAGCCCCUGCACUGGAAGCUGCUGAUGCUGGGGCUGCAGCUGUUCUUCGGCUUCUUCGUCCCGCUGCUGUUCAUGAUGUUCUGCUACCUGUUCAUCGUCAGAGCCCUGCUGCGCGCCCAGAACUCCAAGCGGCACCGGGCCAUCCGUGUGGUGCUCGCGGUCGUGCUGGUCUUCCUGGUCUGCCAGGUGCCCCACAACCUGGUGCUGCUGGUGACGGCGGCCAAGCUGGGCAGGCUGAACCGCUCCUGCUACGGGGAGAAGCUGCUGGGCUACGCCCGGCAGUGCACGGAGGCCCUGGCUUUCCUGCGCUGCUGCCUGAACCCCGUGCUGUACGCCUUCAUCGGCCAGAAGUUCAGGGGCUACUUCCUGAAGAUCAUGAAGGGCCUGCUGUGUGUGCGGCGCGGCCAGAAGCCCGCGGGCUUCUCCUGCUCCAGGCUGCCCUCGGAAGCCUUCGCCUCCAGGCAGAACAGCGAGACCCCGGACAACGACAACGCCUCCUCCUUCACCAUGUGACGCGCUCGGGCGCCGUGUGGGCACGUUCUCGUGUACGUGUGGUGCUCAGACGCACAGGAACGUGGGCUGGGAGCAAAGGCGAGCAGAGUCUUCCCCGCGGGCCCUG